UGAAACGUUACACAAUGGGAAGCGACCAGUGGAGCUGCAUGUAAAUGUAUUUGCUCAUGUUGUUGUCAUUGUUCAUGGAGAAAAAUAUUCAUUAUUGGUGGACAUAACCCAGAAAGAAGAAAGGAAAGUAUCAGAUGCCAUUUAUGAAGUCUGGCUAACCCCACCUUCUGGCCAAUCACUUCAAGCUGCUGGCAAGAAUGCCUGA